AUGCUCUUUUCUCUAAGUGUGCUGCUCCUAUUGGGGCAGAUGGCACUGGCCCUGACGCCUGCUGAAUGGCGAAGUCAAUCAAUCUACUUCUUGCUAACUGAUCGAUUCGGGCGUGAUGACAACUCAACCACCGCUACUUGCAAUACCGGUGACAGGAUCUAUUGUGGCGGCACCUGGCAGGGAAUUAUCAACCACUUGGAUUACAUUCAAGGAAUGGGAUUCACCGCAAUCUGGAUCACCCCUAUCACCGAACAAUUGACCGGGAACACUGGCGAUGGCUCGGCGUACCAUGGGUACUGGCAACAGGACAUUUACGAUGUAAACCCAAAUCAUGGAACUGCCGCCGAUAUCAAGGCACUUUCAGCGGCUUUGCACGCCCGAGGGAUGUAUUUGAUGGUCGACGUGGUUGCUAAUCACAUGGGAUAUGCUGGUAUUGGAAGCAGUGUGGACUACAGUGUCUUCAACCCUUUCAGCUCAUCAUCCUAUUUCCACUCCUAUUGUCUGAUCAGCAACUACGACGAUCAAUCCAAUGUCGAGAAUUGUUGGCUCGGGGAUACCACGGUAUCUCUGCCAGACUUGGAUACAUCACAGACUUCAGUCCAAACAAUCUGGAACAACUGGAUCUCCGAUUUGGUGUCGAAUUAUUCCAUUGACGGAUUGCGCAUUGAUACUGUUAAGCACGUGCAGAAGUCAUUCUGGCCUGGGUUCAACGACGCUGCAGGUGUCUACUCGGUGGGAGAGAUCUUCGAUGGAGACCCAGCUUACACCUGCGACUAUCAAAAUUAUCUGGAUGGUGUUUUGAACUACCCGAUUUAUUACCAACUGCUGUAUGCAUUCCAAUCGUCCAGUGGGAGCAUCAGCAAUUUGUACAACAUGAUCAACACGGUGGCGUCCGACUGUGCUGACCCGACUUUGCUGGGGAAUUUCAUCGAGAACCACGACAAUCCACGGUUCCCAAGUUACACGAACGAUUAUUCACAAGCCAAGAAUGUGAUCUCAUUUUUGUUCCUGUCAGAUGGCAUCCCCAUCAUUUAUUCCGGCCAAGAGCAGCACUACAGCGGCGCGAGUGAUCCUGCCAACCGCGAAGCCCUCUGGCUUUCGGGCUACUCUACUACGGCAGAGCUCUACCAGUGGAUUGCCACCACUAACAAGAUCCGCAAGCUGGCGGUCUCCGCAGACUCCAGUUAUAUCACCACGAAGAACUCUCCCUUCUACCAGGACAGUCAUACCUUGGCCAUGAAAAAGGGCUCAGUGAUCACGGUCCUCUCUAACAACGGAGCUUCCGGAUCAUCUUACACAUUGUCCUUGAGCGGUAGCGGAUACUCCUCGGGCACCAAGCUGAUGGAGCUAUACACAUGUACAUCCAUCACCGUCGAUUCAAGUGGAAACAUCCCCGUUCCAAUGACUUCGGGUCUCCCUCGCGCUCUCAUACCGGCUUCAUCACUCUCCACCACUGGCUUGUGCGGCUCAACGACUUCUACAACUACCACGACCGCAGCGACUGCCACAGGCACAGCCUGCACGCAAGCGACUGCACUUCCAGUGCUGUUCAAAGAGCUAGUGACCACCGCAUACGGACAAAAUGUGUAUAUCUCAGGGUCGAUCAGCCAGCUGGGAAGUUGGGAUGCGAGCAGUGCCAUUGCGCUAUCUGCAAGAAGUUAUACAUCUUCCAACCCCCUGUGGCAGGCCACGAUAACAUUGCCAGUGGGAACAGUAUUCCAGUACAAGUUCAUUCAGAAGACUAGUGGUUCCACCACUGUGACUUGGGAAAGUGAUCCUAAUCGCUCCUACACUGUGCCGAGCGGAUGCUCAGGAACAACAGCCACAGUGACUGCUUCGUGGAGGUAG